GGACGUGUCACACGGUCUGCCAAUAUGCACUUGAAUAUGCGCGUUGUUUAUGGUGAAUUCUAUUUUGGAUUGAUCUUGUAGAUCAUCCGUUCUAGGCGUUCCGAAGUUUUGGGAGAAGUUUCGUGGAACGGCCGGACAUUUGCGUAACCUCAACGCGUAACGGGAUAGUCGGACCAAAAUGUUGAGAUUACCUGUGAUAAAGUUGACCGCAGGACUACAGAAUGGUAGAAUCCCUGUUGCAAGGUUGCAUAUAACGUCGUCGAAGUUACAGCAAGAAUUAGUAGAAGUAUUCAUAGAUGAUAAGCCAGUUCAGGUUCCACCAGGAACAACCGUUCUGCAGGCAGCUGCCAAAGUAGGAGUAGAGAUUCCAAGAUUUUGUUACCACGAACGUUUAGCUGUGGCAGGAAAUUGCAGAAUGUGUCUUGUGGAAAUUGAAAAACAAAUAAAACCUGUUGCAGCUUGCGCCAUGCCAGUGAUGAAAGGAUGGAGAGUAAAAACUAAUUCGGAUUUAACUCGUAAAGCUCGAGAAGGUGUUAUGGAAUUUCUAUUGGUAAAUCAUCCCUUGGAUUGUCCCAUCUGUGAUCAAGGUGGUGAAUGCGAUUUACAAGAUCAAAGUAUGGCGUUUGGUAGUGAUCGAAGCCGAUUUGUUGACAUCAACUAUACUGGUAAACGUGCAGUGGAAGACAAAGAUAUUGGUCCUCUAAUAAAAACAAUCAUGACACGCUGCAUUCAUUGCACAAGGUGCAUCCGUUUUGCAUCGGAAGUGGCUGGUAUUGAUGAUUUAGGAACCACAGGCCGUGGAAAUGAUAUGCAAGUAGGAACGUACGUAGAAAAAAUGUUUCUAUCUGAAUUAUCUGGCAACAUAAUCGACUUGUGUCCUGUAGGAGCAUUAACGAGUAAACCAUAUGCUUUUGUUGCUCGCCCAUGGGAGACACGACGUACAGAUAGUAUUGAUGUUCUUGACGCUGUUGGCAGUAACAUAGUGAUAUCACAUAGAACGAAUGAAGUUUUGCGAAUUUUGCCAAGAGUAAAUGAGGAAAUAAACGAAGAGUGGUUGUCUGAUAAAGCACGAUUCUCUUGUGAUGGAUUAAAGCGUCAGCGACUUAUAACUCCUAUGAUAAAGAUUAAUGGAAAGUUAGAGGCUGUUGAAUGGGAAGAUGCCCUCGUAGCAACUGCCCGAGCUAUUCAGGAUAUAGCUCCAAAUAAAUGUGCUGCGAUUGCUGGAAAAUUAGUUGAUGCCGAGGCUCUCGUAGCUUUGAAAGAUUUAGUAAAUAGGCUUGGUGGUGAGGUUCUUGCAACGGAACAAAGCUUUCCAAAAGAAGGUGCUGGUAUUGAUAUAAGAAGUAAUUAUGUAUUAAACAACACAAUUGCUGCUGUGGAAGAGGCCGACGUUGUGUUAUUGAUCGGUACAAAUCCGAGGUAUGAAGCACCAUUGGUGAAUACCCGCUUAAGGAAAGGAUACAUUCAUGGUGAACAGACCAUUGGUCUAAUUGGUCCGAACGUAGAUUUAACUUAUGAUUAUGAACAUUUAGGUCAAUCUGCAGAUAUCGUAACACAGUUAAGAAACGGUACUCAUUCAUUUUCGAACACUCUGAAAUCAGCUAAAAAGCCUUUAAUCAUCUUGGGCGUUGAUCAACUAACGAGAAAAGAUGGUGCAAAAAUUUUGUCUGAGACGCAAUUGUUGGCUCAAGCUUUGGGAGAAAAUACGAAAGCUCCUGAAGAGUGGAAGGUACUAAAUAUUCUUCACACAAGAGCGUCACAAGUGGCGGCUUUGGACGUGGGUUAUUCAUCGACCGUCGAGGAAGUUAAAGAACAACAACCAAAAGUUCUCUUUUUACUAGGAGCUGACGAUGCAAAUAUCAAGAGAGAAGACUUUCCAAAUACAUGCAUUAUAUACAUAGGUAGCCACGGUGACGAGGGAGCUUCGAUUGCCGAUGUUAUACUCCCCGGAGCUGCGUAUACUGAAAAGGUUGCGACAUACGUAAAUACGGAAGGUCGUUCGCAACAAACUUGCGCUGCAAUCACACCACCGGGUAUGGCACGACCGGAUUGGAAGAUUAUACGGGCACUUUCCGAAAUUUGCGGAGUUCGUUUACCUUAUGACGACUUGGCUGAAGUGAGAUCUAGAUUGGAAGAAAUAGCGCCGCAUUUAGUUAGAUACGGUGUCGUAGAAUCAGCUAACUACUUUGCUCAGGCAUUGGAAUUGUCAAAGCAAGUACCAGGUUGCUUAUCCUCCAAUCCAUUAGAAGUUAAACAAGAGACAUUGGAUCAAUUUUUCAUGACCGAUGCGAUAUCUCGUGCUUCGCAAACAAUGGCAAAGUGUGUACAAGCAGUUAUUAAGCAACGAGAAUCUAACUUAUAGAUUAGGGAUUUAAAUUACAAACAUAAAUAGAAAGAUAUAUUUUAUAGUAGUUGUAUAAUAAUAUAUGAGAAUAUAU